AUGGUAGAUGCGAUCACGGGGUUUGUUGUGGGUAAGAUGGGCAACUAUCUCACCGAAGAAGCGUCGAUGUUGCUGGGAAUCAAAGACGAAAUAGAAGAGCUGAAAACCGAGUUAAUGUGCAUACGAGGUUAUCUCAAAGAUAUUGAAGCUCAAGAAAGAGAAGAUGAGGCCUCAAAGGUGUGGACAAAACUGGUGUUAGACAUAGCUUACGAUGUGGAAGAUGUUUUGGACAGUUAUAACCUGAAAGCGGAAGAAAGAUCACAAAGGCAAGGCGUGAUGAGAUUGACCAACAAAAUAGGCGAAAAGAUGGAUGCAUACAACAUAGUUGAUGAUAUCAGAACCCUCAAGAGAAGAAUCUUGGAUGUUACUCACAAGCGGGAGACUUAUGGCAUAGGUAACCUCAGCGAGCCUGGAGGAGGAGGAAAUACUUCAAGGUUUAGGGUGAGGCAGCUUCGACGUGCUAGAUCUAUUGAUCAAGAAGAACAUGUGGUUGGUUUGGAAGAUGAUGCUAAGAUUCUUUUGGAAAAGCUUCUCAAUGAUGAUGGGAAUAAAACGAGACAUAUCAUCUCCAUAUUCGGCAUGGGAGGUCUUGGAAAGACUGCUCUUGCUAGGAAGCUCUACAACUCAGGGGAUGUGAAGAGAAGAUUUGAAUACCGUGCGUGGACUUAUGUUUCGCAAGAGUAUAAAACAAGAGAUAUGCUUAUGCGAAUCAUAAAAUCUUUGGGAGUGGCUUCCAAAGAAGAAAUGGAAAAUAUUAGGAUGUUGGCGGAGGAGGAUUUAGAAGUUUACCUUCACGGUCUUCUAGAAGGAAGAAAAUAUUUGGUGGUAGUAGAUGAUAUAUGGGAGAGAGAAGCGUGGGAGAGCUUGAAGAGAGCAUUACCUUGGAAUCAUAAAGGAAGUAGAGUCAUCAUCACUACACGUAUCCGAGCCGUGGCUGAAGGCGUUGAUCAGAGAGUAUACGCUCAUAAGUUAAGGUUCUUAACAACCGAAGAAAGCUGGAACUUGUUUGAGGAGAAAGCAUUUAGGGAUAUAAAACCGGUCGAUCAAGACCUGGAGAGAAUCGGAAAAGAAAUGGUUACAAAAUGUGGUGGAUUACCUCUUGCUAUAGUCGUUCUCGGGGGGCUUAUGUCUAGGAAGAGGCCAAACGAGUGGAACGAUGUAUACGUCAGUUUAUGGAGACGCCUAAAGGAUAACUCCAUUCACAUCUCCACUGUGUUUGAUCUAAGUUUCAAGGAGCUGCAGCAUGAGUUGAAGCUCUGCUUUCUUUACCUCAGCGUCUUCCCAGAAGACUAUGAGAUCGAUGUAGAACAGUUGAUAAGAUUGCUUGUAGCAGAAGGAUUUAUACAAGAGGACGAAGAUAUGGUGAUGGAAGAUGUUGCACGGUACUACAUCGAAGAGCUGAUAGACAGAAGCCUAGUGGAAGCAGUGAGAAGAGAACGAGGGAAAGUGGUUUCUUGUAGAAUUCAUGAUCUUUUGAGGGAUGUGGCCGUUCGGAAAGCAAAAGAGCUCAACUUUGUAAAUGUUUACAACGAGCAGCAUUCAUCUACUACCUCCCGAAGGGAAGUGGUUCACUAUCUUAGGUACAAUGAUUACUUGUGCAGCACGGGUGUGAACAAACGAAUGCGAUCCUUCUUGUUGUUCGGAGAACGAAAGGAAUUCGCGGAAGUGAGUUAUCUUAAAACCAUAACUUUGAAAUUGAAGCUACUUCGAGUGCUUAAUCUCGGAGGGAUUCACUUUUUCUGUGAAGAAAAUCUGCCAUACAGCAUACCAGAUGUGAUCGGAGGUUUAAUCCACCUAAGGUACCUUGGGGUUGGUGAUACUUUUAUGAUUGCUUUUAUCUCCAACUUACAGUUUCUACAGACACUUGAUGCAUCCGGAAACAUCAACUACUUCCAGGGGAGGACCGAUCUAUGUAAGCUCACAUCACUAAGGCAUGUUACCGGAAGAUUCGUGGGAGAAUUGCUUAUAGGUGAUGCAGUUAACCUUCAGACCUUGAGAUCUAUCUCAUCCUACAGCUGGAGCAAACUUACAAAACACGAGUUACUCAAAAUCUUCGGAUUUGGAGAUCUGACUACUAUGAGCAAAACUACUGUGGACUUCGGUUCUUUUUCUAACCUGACAAAACUUCGCGUCCUCAAGCUGGAUGUGGAGAAUAUUACGUUAUUGUCGGAAUCAAAAGAAGCAGUUGGAUACAUGGAUGUCAUCCUUCCCAGUCUUGAGUCGCUAACAAUUGUCCGAGCAAAUCUCGAGGAAGACCUCAUGUCUGUUUUCCAAAAAUUUCCAAGACUGGAAGAUCUGGUCCUGGAAGAAUGUGAUUACCCAGGAAGAAAGAUGAGCAUCAGCGCACAAGGUUUUUGUCGGCUGAGGAAGCUUGAAUUGACGAGUUUAGUAGUGAAUGAGUUGCGGAUCGAAGAAGAGGCCAUGCCUAGUUUGAUGGAGCUACAUGUAAUUUACCCGGGACGGCCAACGAAGAUGGUGAUUCCAGAUCGUUUGCGAGCGUUUGUUCGAAAUUAA